AUGAAUGUCCUCGAGCUAACCAUAUCUACCUUCCACGAUGCUCUUCGCCAACAGAUCACUAGCUGCGCUGCGGUCGUGCACGCAUAUCUCGACCGCAUCGCGCACCAUGACCCGACACUCAAAACACUCAUCGCCAUCAACCCCAAAGCAUUGGCCAUAGCCACUGAAAAAGAUAAAGAGUCCACUCAAUUUCUCCAAAAUGGCAUUCCUUUCCCGCCUUUACACGGAGUGCCCAUAAUCCUCAAAGACAACUACACCACCUAUGACCUGCCCACUAGCGCCGGGGUUGCAGCACUGCGCACCCUUCGCUCAACCGACAGCGCCAUCGUGCACCAUCUCCGCACCGCAGGCGCAAUCAUUCUCGCCAAGGCAAAUCUCCACGAAUUCGCGCUUCAUGGCACCACCACCUCAUCACUGGGUGGCCAAGCCCGCAACCCCUAUGACUUGACUCGCACACCGGGUGGAUCUUCGGGCGGCACUGCUGCUGCACUGGCGGCCAAUCUGGGGUUGGUGGGAUGCGGUACUGAUACAAUGAAUUCAUUGCGAUCGCCAUCAUCUGCAUGUGCUGUUGUGGGGUUUCGACCUUCGAAGGGGAAUGUUUCUCAGAAGGGAAUUGUGCCUGUGUCAGUGACACAGGAUAUGGCUGGGCCUAUGGGGAGGACUGUUGGUGAUGUUCGGAUCCUUUAUGAGGUGAUGAGACAUGGGAAUGGCGGAACACCCAUGGCCGUAUACGCGUGGGGGGUCUUGGAGACAUACUUCAAGCUUGAAGAGAAGAAUCCAGAUCUUCCCAAGAAAGUCAUUCUUGAGAAUGAAUUGGUCCAGAAGAUUGUUCACACCGCUCUGAAAACUAUUGAAGCUAAUGAUGCCGAUAUCGAAUUGGUUUCUAUCGAUUCUUCCUGUUACGACUGGAGUCUCACAACCCUACUCACCACAGUCGAUACACAACCCUUUGAGUUCAAAGAUUGCCUGGAACAGUUCCUCCAAUCACCUGAGAUCUCUUCACCAUACCAUACUCUCCAGUCUAUAAUCGAAAGCGGAGAGUACGACAUGAACGCCGUAACAGACGUGUUCUACGCAUCUCUGAAGGAUCCCACGACAUACUCUCGCACUAGCGCCGAAUACAAAACCCGUCUGGAAAAGGUCGCGAAACUGAAGCAGUCUGUUCAGUCAUGCUUCAACGAGAAUAUUCUUGAUGCAUUGGUAUAUCCCCAUCAGCGACAAUUGGCUAUUGAGAUCGGACCAACCAUCCAGCCCCGGCGAAAUGGUGUGUUGGCAGCGUUGACGGGGAAUCCUGCUGUUUGUCUUCCUGCUGGAUUUAGUCCGCCGACUGCGAGUGCGCCCCUGGGUGUGCCUAUUGGACUAGAGUUGAUGGGUCGACAUGGGUGUGACGAAGAGCUUCUAUCUCUUGCAGAGCGCGUCGAAGGAAUUCUCCGUGUCAGAAGACCCCCAGAUCUAAGCAUGAUACACAGACAAGUCAAGUCGCAAUAG